CGGAGUUGAAUGCAUCAGGAGUCCGGAGCGUCUUCCUCUGCACGUCUGUGGUCAGCCCCGGUGUGAGGAAGGCACCAAAAACCCUCUCAUCUCUUCUGACUGAGAGUGUUGCGCACAGGAGGAGCGGACAGGACUUCGCCUGCACCUCCAUCUGCUCUGCAUCUUUCCAUCGGACCGCAGUGGAUACAGUCGACUGUUCAGGACUAUAUAGCCUACAUACAACACAAGAUGUGACCGAGCGGUUUUUUUUUUUUUUUUUUGUACAGAUCGGGUUUCACUGGUCCGUUUGUUUGAAGCAGAACAGCACAAAGCGAAAUCACUGCCUGGCUUUUUCUUUGCGCUCUUCCCUCUCGCUGGUGAGGUAGGAUGCAGGAUAUGCAGCAUCACCGGUAUCGUUAGAAAAAGCUUUAUAAAUCAGACCUUCGAGCUAAGAAGGCCUACUAUUUUAAUGCAGAAGGCAAGGACUAAGCAGUGAAUACAAAACUCUCAUCCCGCCGGUGUGAAAAAGGCUGCUUUUUUUCGGGGGUAAAGUGAAGAGGAAUAAUUUUCCAACUGUUUAGGAUGUGGAUGUCUUUUUUUUUUUUUAUUCAGCUGGCGCAUUACAAGCCCAUAAAACAAGGAUUGAUAUGGCCAUCUAAAUAUGAUAUUUAACCGGACUGCAGCUGAUCUGAUCGCCUAUAGCCUAUCUGCCCAUCCAUCUGCUCAUUGAGCCUCGGCGGUAGAGGGAAGCGCGGAACAAGAACCAGCGAACUAUACAGAGGGGGAUUGAGUUACACUGCAAUUGCGCUUUUCUGGCAAAAUGACGUUUUUCUGCGGGCAGCGGACAUACACGCUCACAACCUGAGGCAAAGUUACUGUGUAUAUUUGAAACCCGCGGACAAGAGGGAACACAGAUCCCACGAGUGUCUGUAGGCAGCAGUGCAGCAGGCAAAGCCCAAGCUGUGCACGUGUGUUUACACACAAUUGUGUGGACGUUGGGGUAACAUCCUAUAUGUGUAUGUGAGAUGAGGAAAAGCUAAGGAGCUACCACAACCACCCAGAUCAGACAGCCUCCUGUGCUGCAAGAUGGACUAGAGCCCCACACCUCAGGAGAUCAAAGGUGGCUGUGACAGGGGCACCCCCGGGGCAGGACCCAUGAGGAGUCAUAGAAGAUGCUCACAGCCUGGGCGCUUCUGCUCUUCUUAGCCAUGUGGGUGAGAAGCAGCUCUGGUGGCCCACUCUCCUUCAGAAUAGCUGCUAUCCUUGAUGACCCCAUGGAGUGCAGCAGAGGGGAGCGAUUGGCCAUCACGCUGGCCAAAGACAGCAUCAACAGGAACAGUAACCGCUCCACCACUGGCAAGCUGGAGGUGGACAUCUUUGAACUGCUGAGAGACAGUGAAUAUGAGAUGGGGGAGACGAUGUGCCAGAUCAUGUCCAAAGGGGUGGUGGCAGUCCUCGGCCCCUCUGCCAGUCCAGCCUCCAACUCCAUCAUCAGCAAUAUCUGUGGAGAGAAGGAGGUGCCCUACGUCAAGGUGGCUCCAGAGGACAUUCUAAAGGUUCAGUUCCCCCGAUUCACCACGCUUGACCUGCGUCCAACCAACACGGACAUCAGCCUUGCUGUGGCCGGCCUUCUCACCUUUUUUAACGGCACCACCGCCUGCCUCAUCUGUGCACAGGCUGACUGCUUGUUGAACCUGGAGCAGCUCCUCAGGCAGUUCCUCAUCUCAAAGGAGACUCUGUCUGUGCGCAUGCUCGAUGACAGUCAGGACCCAACCCCGCUCCUGAAGGAGAUACGAGACGACAAGACUGCCACCAUUAUAGUUGAUGCCAAUGCCACCAUGUCACAUAUCAUUCUGGAACGGGCAUCGGAGCUGGGGAUGCUGUCAGUCUACUACACUUACAUCUUCACCUCUCUGGAAUUCUCUUUACUUCAGCUGGACGAUGUGGCAGACCAACGAGUCAACAUAGUCGGUUUUUCAGUCUUCAACAAAACACAUCCCUUCUUCCAGGAUUUUGUGCUAAGCCUAAACCGCUCCUGGCAAGAGAACUGUGACCAUGCACCCUUUGCUGGCACCCCACUCUCCUCAGCUCUGCUCUUUGAUGCGGUGUACGCGGUGGUGGCAGCCGUCCAGGAGUUGAACCGAAGCCAGAAUGUUGGUGCCACUCAGCUCUCCUGCAAGUCCUCCAAGAUCUGGGAACACGGCACCAGCCUCAUGAACUACCUGAGGAUGGUAGAAUUGGAAGGUCUGACAGGCCACAUUGAAUUCAACAGCAAAGGCCAGCGGUCUAACUACGCCCUGAGGAUCAUGCAGAACAGCAAGGAAGGACUAAGGCAGAUUGGCCUGUGGCAUUCCGAAGAUGGACUGUCCAUGGAGAGAAAGCUUCCAUCAAUCAAUGUGACAGACACCCUCUUCAACACCACUCUUACCAUCACGACGAUAUUAGAGAAUCCGUAUGUGAUGCUGCGACAGAACCACAAAGAACUGGAGGGAAAUGACCGCUAUGAAGGCUUCUGUGUUGACAUGCUGAAGGAGCUGGCAGAUAUUCUCAAGUUCAAGUAUCGCAUCCGGCUGGUCGGUGAUGGAGUGUACGGGGUCCCGGGAGCCAAUGGAACGUGGACUGGCAUGGUUGGAGAGCUCAUCUCAAGGAAAGCUGACCUGGCGGUAGCGGGCCUCACCAUCACAGCAGAGCGUGAAAAGGUCAUAGACUUCUCCAAGCCCUUCAUGACCCUCGGCAUCAGCAUCAUGUACCGCGUCCACCUGGGACGCAGACCGGGCUACUUUUCCUUCCUGGAUCCCUUCUCCCCUGGAGUCUGGCUCUUCAUGCUUCUGGCCUACUUAGCUGUCAGCUGCGUCCUCUUUCUGGUGGCCAGAUUGACUCCCUAUGAGUGGUACAACCCCCACCCCUGUCUGAAAGGUCGCUGUAACCUGCUGAUCAACCAGUACUCACUGGGCAACAGCUUCUGGUUCCCUGUUGGAGGCUUCAUGCAGCAGGGAUCCACAAUUGCUCCCCGAGCUCUGUCAACACGAUGUGUCAGCGGAGUCUGGUGGGCCUUCACAUUAAUCAUCAUCUCAUCCUACACUGCCAACCUGGCUGCCUUCCUGACAGUGCAGAGGAUGGAGGUCCCCAUUGAGUCCGUAGACGACCUGGCUGAUCAGACAGCGAUAGAGUACGGCACCAUGCACGGCGGAUCCACAAUGACCUUCUUUCAGAACUCUCGCUACCAGACCUACCAGCGCAUGUGGAACUUCAUGCACUCCAAGCAGCCCAGUGUGUUUGUGAAGAGCACGGAGGAGGGCAUCGCCCGCGUCCUCAACUCUAACUAUGCCUACCUGUUAGAGAGUACGAUGAACGAGUACUACCGCCAGAGGAACUGCAACCUGACGCAGAUUGGAGGACUGCUGGACACCAAGGGCUACGGAAUUGGCAUGCCGCUGGGGUCAGUGUACCGUGAUGAGUUUGACCUGGCCAUCCUCAAAAUGCAGGAGGACAAUCGUUUGGAGAUCCUCAAGAGGAAGUGGUGGGAUGGUGGCAAGUGUCCAAAAGAAGAGGACCACCGUGCCAAAGGUCUGGGCAUGGAGAACAUCGGCGGUAUCUUUGUGGUGCUGGUGUGCGGCCUGCUGGUGGCUAUCUUCAUGGCAGUGCUGGAGUUUGUCUGGAUGUUAAGGCAGGCGCCAGGAGAUGAGCAGUCAGUGUGCGAGGAGAUGCUGCGAGAGCUCCAGGGGAUCGUCCUGUGUCGCGACAGCUUGCAGGUGAGGCGUCGACGGUCUUCUUCAUUGAUGCGACCGCGCCCUUUACCCCUGGAGGAGCGUCGGGCGCGAGCCGCUGCCGUCAGCCUCAGCAACGGGAAGCUGUGCGGGGGCACCGGACUGCCUGAACCCCUCUCCCACAGACUGGCGCAGGAGGCCGCUCUGGUUGCAAGGGGCUGCAGCCACAUCCGUAUUUGCCCUGAAUGUCGACGCUUCCAGGGAUUGAGGAUGCGCCCUGGAGGGGCCACGGGGACCCUCCCCUCUCCCACGCACAGUGAGGAGAGCAUAGAGUGGGACAAGACCACGAAUAGCAGUGAACCUGAAUAACGCCAAG